AUGAUUGGGUUAGACAAUGUUCUCCCUCCUUCACAACAGAUCAUGAUGAUGGCCUCCAAACGACCUCGUACGAUAUCGCCCAUCAAGCCCACACGCUGGACCGGAAACAGAUUCCGCUUGUUGCCCUUUCGUCCGCUGGAGAUGAAUCAAAGUAAGAAGUCAUCCGAAGAUGGAUUACAGUCCUUGGUCAGAAAGCCAUUACUGUGCAGUAGGCCCGGAGCUUUCACCCUUGCUCCUUAUCUUAUAACCUUGAAUCGGCGCGUCGGAGGUGACUGCGAGACCAUCCUCCUUCUCGUUCCCCAGAAAACCUCACCCUUCGAACUCGCUAGGUUCAAGCAACUUUCUGGUCACUUCCUUGCCAGCGUUCUGUACCCAGAGACCCGUGACAGUAUGCAUCCGAAUCCUCUUCAUAUCGACGAAAUUAUCACCAACGUCCUUUCGUUUGUCCGCGAACCAGACCUGAGCGGAGAUGACGCAGCCAGCCCGCACAGAGACCUUGCAGUCAUGGCUAGAGUGUGUCGUUCCGUCUCCGAGCCGGCGCUGGACGUAUUGUGGUCAGACCUCAGCAGCUUGUUCCCUCUGUUGCGAUGCCUGCCCAACGACCUCAUCACCUAUUAUCCAUCCACCUCCCGAUACUCCCGCGGCACCGCUAAAUUCGAACUAAGGAGGCGGAUUAAGUGUGGAGAUUGGAAGAUUUUCUUCAAGUACGCGGCACGUGUUGUCAAUCUAUGCGCAAAUUCUGCAGGCGCUGAAUGCAUUCCGCCCAAACUCUAUCUUGCGCUUUGCAUCCCUUUCACUUUAAACGCAUUUCCUAAACUGCGGAGUCUACACUGGGUCGAGUCCCCGGAAACUUCGGCCAUCGUCGAGCGUUGCAUGUUCAUGAGACAGCUACUCGUACCCUCUAUAGUCGACCUUAACCUCGACUUCGUCGGUGGGGCAAUGACGCCUCAUGUCCUCAGCCUAGUCUCUAUCUUGGGCGCAGUAUGUCCCAACGUCAAAGUCGUACGGUUCGCCAGCCAAGAUAUUUCUGACAAAGCAGCAGGGGCAUUUUCCGACGCUAUAUGCUCUUGGACCGCCCUCGAAGAUGUACAAUGCCACACUCUGAGUUUCACAGGAUUACGACACCUUUCGUCCCUCGCUUCCCUUCGCAGUCUCAGCGUGGAAGUCCCCGAUUUUCCCCCAUACCCCCGAAAUAUAUGGGGCACACCCAACGAUCAGGUUUUCUCCGGUAUUCACUCGUUCACUUUCGUCAGCGACUCCAGUGUGCUAUCAUCUAUUGCUAAACUGGUGAAUUCCCUCCAACAACGGCGUCUGUCACCCAAAAAGUUCACCGCAGUGGCAAAACUUGAUUCAGGAGAAGGCGAUGCCAUGGUGCACUUGUUUGAUUCGAUUCUUAAUACCUUUGAUAGAGACGCCCUGACCGAUCUCACAGUCGCGGAAAAUGCGACUUCAUCUCUCUCCUUCGUCAACCCCGACUCGUUUCGCUACAUCCUACCUUUCCAUAACCUAGCAUUCGUCAACAUUAAAUCUGGUAGAAAGGUCCUCAUGAAAGACAGCACACUACUCCAGUUGGCAGACGCUUGGCCGAACCUUGCGUCCCUGGCCAUCAACCAGGAGUGUGGCUGGCGGAUCCGGUCGAAGAUCAGCCUUCAUGGCUUACGGGAAAUGUUGCAGAGGCUGCCUAGACUCGUGUACUUGGCAAUAGCAGUCGACGGCGCCACCGUAUGCCCACGGGACGUCGAGGUGAACAAUCUCGGGCAGUUCAGCAUUUACAGACCCUUCACUCUAGACUUGUUGGAUUCGCGGAUCGGCAAGAACGUCCGAGAGGUGGCUGGGUUUCUCGCCGACAUGUUUCCUCUCCAUGAAAUAGGGCGAGAUGAUCGCACCAUCCAUGCCUGGCAAAUCCAGUCAGACUCGGCGGAAACGGGCGAAAAUGCGAACCUGUGGGAAAGCGUGGUUCGCACGGUUGGUAUUAUUAACAAAGUCAGUCUGAAAAGGCUACAGACGCAGCUGAGGUUCAAUAGUGAUGGAGACUAUGACAAUGACGGAGCUUACGAUAUUGACGGUAUGAUAUUGCGGUCUGUAUAG